AUGCGUGAUCCAUUGCUAUUAAAAGUGAAAUUCAUUCAAAUCAUCGUUACUGCAUUAGCCAUAGGAAUGGUAAAUUUUCAAACACAAAUAACAGGUCCAACUAUAAUGAAUUUGGAAGGUAUACUGUAUAAUACCAUACGUGAUAUGAAUUUCAUUUUUCUCUUUCCAUCUAUCAAU